AUGGAGCGAGUGGAGAAAAUUUGGCUGGACAGAAUUGGAGUUCCAUUUUCUACACUCUCAGUUGACAAUAAAACCAAUCAAGCGAUGAUUACUGACAUACACAACAACUUCAGAAUUAAUGCAACUCCGACAGCGAUGAACAUGUUGAAAAUGGUGUGGAAUGAUGAAGUUGCAAAAACAGCAAAGGACUGGGCAAAAACUUGCAGCCUCAAUCAUAGUAGCCCAGAUCUCCGCAAGAUUACCAACUUCACAUGUGGGGAAAACCUUUUCAUGUCGUCCUAUCCCGCCUCUUGGAGGGAGGCAAUUACAGCAUGGUUUAAUGAAUAUAAGGAUUUUGAAUACGGUAAAGGAGCCAAGACCCCAAAAGCUGUCGUUGGACAUUAUACCCAGUUGAUGUGGUACAAUACCCGGCUGGUCGCAUGUUACGUCACAGAAUGUCCCGCCGCCAGAUUCAGAUAUUUCUAUGUUUGUCAAUACAGCCCGGCGGGAAAUAUUAAAGGCAAAGAGAACACCCCAUACAAAGCUGGUCCGACAUGCGGAGACUGCCCAAAAUCAUGUGAAAACGGCCUCUGCACCAAUUACUGCCCGUAUAGAGAUCAAUACAGUAACUGUGGUGAAUUCAUUAAAUCGAAUGGCUGCAAAGAUUUUCAGAAGAUAUGCCCAGCCGCCUGUAGCUGCACCAACAAUGAGAUUAAAUAACU